GUUGAGUUUGCAUGCUGGAAAGUUGGUGGAUAUGCAGUUUCUGCUUCCACUUUCAAAAGCAUAUUAACGUACGUCUACAGCGAGCAGCAUGAAACGUUUCCAGCUCUCCGCGACUUAACCUGACAUUCUGGCAUUGUUGCGUGGUACAGAAAAAGUACGUCCAAGGGUUUGUUUUUAAACUCUCAGUUGCAGUAACACAGCCGAGAGGUUAGAGGGCGACACAGCCAUGUUGAAACCGAAUUAGAGUUUGCUCCACUGACCAGAGCAAGUCCAGUGACUUUGUUGGGUGUCUGUCAGGGUCUGCGGAGUGUUUCGAAGCCGAAGUUAAAAUGAGCAAACGCGUAGCUGUCGUGUUGGCUGGUUGUGGAGUAUUCGAUGGCAGUGAGAUUCACGAGGCGUCGGCAGUGCUGGUCCAUCUUAGUCGCGGUGGAGCAACUGUGAAAAUAUUUGCCCCUAAUAUCGAUCAAAUGCACGUAGUGGACCAUCUGAAGGGGGGCCCCACGGAGGAGAAGCGGAACGUGCUGGUGGAGAGUGCCAGGCUGGCAAGGGGCGAUAUCCAGGAUCUGUCUCAGCUUGAUGUUAAUGAAAUGGAUGCUGUCGUUUUCCCUGGUGGUUUUGGGGUGGCGAAGAACCUCUGCACCUGGGCGGUGGAGGGGAAGGAUUGCUCUGUGAACGAUGAGGUCAGAAGCACGCUGGAAUCGUUCCGUAAUCAGAACAAGCCCAUCGGCCUUUGCUGCAUCUCUCCGGUCCUGGCCGCCAAAGUGUUCCCAGGGUGUGAGGUCACCGUGGGUCACAAGCAGGAUGACAGGUCACCUGAUGUCCCAGCCACCGCAGAGGCUAUUACCCAGCUGGGCUCCAAGCACAUCUGCAAGAAGGUGAAUGAGACCCACGUUGAUGAGAAGAAUAAGAUCGUCACCACCUGCGCUUUCAUGUGCAAGGCGCCGCUCCACGAGAUUUUUGAUGGGAUCGGGGUGAUGGUGCAGGACUUACUCAAGCUUGCGUAAUCCCUGCGAGGAAACUCCACACUCCAGUGAUAUGUCUUUGUAAUACACCAAAUGUAUUGCAACAGCAGAUAUUUUUGUGGCGUUAUGUAGCGGUUAACCAGAUCAGUGUAAAAAAAAAAAAAAAAAAAACUAUUGCUGUAUGUGUGCAUUUUACUCUGUGUUCCUGUAGGAUUUUCCUGUAUAGAGCAAAUUUCAAGUUUUUUGACUUGCAUUUACAGAGUAUAGUGUGCAGCAACUGCGACAAAUAAAUUCAAAUGGCAGUGAA